UGCACCGCCGAGCCCCCCGGCUACGGGCCCCUCCCCUCCCCCAACACCGAAGCAAACUGGGCCAACUUCACCGCCCUCGCCACCCUGGCCAACAACGCCGUCACCCCCGCCCUCUACAGCCGCGUCUUCGUCAACCUCAACGGCAGCGUGCUCGCCACCGCCUCCAACGUCUACAUGGGCUACUACGAGCUCAAGCAGUACGAUCCCGCCUCAUGCACCGCGCUGUGCGAUCAGACGACGGGAUGUGUGGGUACGAAUCUGUACUUUGAGCGCGAUCCGUGUGAAGUCCCUGGCGACGCGUGUCCGGAUCCGGAUGCGAUUACGGUGAUCAAGUGUGCGCUUUGGGGGUCACCGGUCACGGCGGCGCAGGCGACGAACGUUGGGCAGUGGCAGGAGAACUUUCACGUUCUGAUCGGCGGCAGCAACGGCUACAUGAAG